AUGGUAAUGCAUUGUUCUCUAUGUACUGUGGUGAGGACAGCGGCGCGGCCGUCGCCUCAAGACGCGACCCGCGACGAGCUCGCGCCUCAGGGCGAGGCGUGCUCGCACCCACCCCACACCUCAAGACCUCAUAAGCACAAGCACGCACACAAACUCGACUUCACCUUGGAUUUUUACUUCAGACAGUUUUGGACCGAUCCUCGGCUUGCAUAUAAGAAACGAGCAGGCGUCGAGACCCUGUCUGUUGGCUCAGAAUUUAUCCGCAACAUUUGGGUGCCGGAUACGUUCUUCGUGAACGAGAAACAGUCUUACUUCCACUCGGCCACCACUAGCAACGAGUUCAUCCGCAUACAUCAUUCGGGUUCCAUUACUCGCAGCAUCAGACUCACCAUCACGGCGUCGUGCCCCAUGAACCUGCAGUACUUCCCUAUGGACCGGCAGCUGUGCCACAUCGAGAUCGAGAGCUGCACAGGCUUCCGCUGUCGUGUCGCGCGCCACCAGCACCGACAGUCGUCGCGACCGCCGCAUACAGCACCCGCGCGGCCGAGCGCCGCCAGCGCACGCCGGACACUGAGACGUCGCACCGCGGGCGCGACGGGGCACCGCGACACCCACCACCCACUCCUCUCGCACGCUUCUCGCAUUCACGCACGUUCAUCACUCACCAUCGCACGUCGCCAUGGACCACCUCCCAGGCGGGCUCGCCGCUUUCCCAUGUUUAGCACGUUGCAUGCGCUCGUCGUAGUUCGUGUUGACCGCAACCCUCACCACCAUACACAUAGUCGCGCACCGUAG